AGUCCGUCAUUAUAAAUAAGAAUUUGUUCUUAACUGACUUGCCUAGUUAAAUAAAAACUACAACUCCCAGUGUAAAGGGAGACAUAGGAGACACCUCACACUAGUGACAGCUACGGUCAAUAACCAGUUGUUGUAGAUUUUUUUUAAACCAAGAAACAUUCUAACUCUGCUGAGACAAAAUGAGUUCAGAGAAGGAAGCGUUGAUGGAUGAAAUCGAAAAGAGUUUAUGGAAUUUAACUGAGGACAAUCUAUGUUACCUGUGUGAACGUCAUGGCAAAGAUGCAUCUGAAAUUAAAGGGAUGAAUCAUCGCUUAUUAAGGCGUAAAGUCAUGGAGGAAAUGUGGGACAAUACGGAUUCAAUGAAAUCAGAGGAGCAGGGAAUGUCUUGGUUAGUCCAACUGAAAGAGGACAUCAGAAGGAUACAGGAGGAGGGUAGCAGUGCACUCAUGAGUCCCGGCCAAUCAGAUGACGUAGACUGGAAUGAAGAGGGAGGAACUAGGUUGCCUAGCAACAGACUGGAGGCGAAAUCUGAUUUAGAGAGGCACACACCAGAGCAGAGGGAGAGUGAUGUGACUACUUCCCAGUCUGAAAGUGUUUUUCUCAAACCACACUUGUGCACUAAAUGCGGUAAGGGUUUCCAUCAGGCCGGCUGUCUUAAGAGACACCUGAGAACUCAUACGGGGGAGAAACCAUUUGUUUGCCCUCGUUGUGGGAGGGCUUGGAGUGAUUCUGGAAACUUAAAAAGACACAUGAGAAAAACUCACCCAGGAGAGGAGAUGGUUGUUAAGAGGGUCGAUACUCAGAGGAGUGACCCUACAGAGAGUAGGGAGGAAAUGAAUGUGGAUUCAAUUAAAUCUGAGGAGCAGGGAACGUCUCGGUCACUCCAGCUGAAAGAGGAGGAUGCUUGCGGUGCGCCCGUGAGUCCCAGCCAGGCUCAAGCUGAUGGUGUAGACCGCAACGUUGAGGACAGGGAUUGGUUGCCUAGCAUCGGACUGAAGGCGGAGCCCAUGAGUUCCAGACAAUCCGAUGAUGACGCUGCAGAACGCAAAGAAGAAUGGAACGAAGCGGGAGGCGCUACGUUGCCUAGCGAUGGACUGGAGGCGGAGUCAGCUCGAGAGCGCCACAGUUGCGACAAGCCUCUCUUGCCCUCCUCCACCCUCGCAGAGUCCCCGAGUUGUGCCUCUCCCGGUGGCACUUUAUUGUGCGGUCUGAAGAGGGUGUCUGUGUGGCUUGUCGACUGCAGGAAGACACCGGGGCAGAGUGGCCUUCAAAUGCACAAGGCAACACAGACAGGAGAGAAACCCACAGCUGGUCUAAUGCUGAACAACACAAAACCCUCUCAGGAGACAGGCCUGGCUCCCAUAUCUGUGAUCACUGUGGGAAGAAUUUUACCACAGCAACCAAUCUGA